AACUGCUAGAACGAUUUGUUAAAAGACGAAAACUUGGGGAGAAAAUCGUCAGUGCUGCGAAAAUUGUGAAAAAGACAAGUGUCGAGUGUAAAAUUGUGAAUAAAAUUUGUGCCCAAGUGCAGCUACUAAGAUAAGGAUAUCAAUUAAAUACUGAGUCACUCAGUUAUAAAAUCCCAUUUGUUAUCACCAGUCAAAAUACGCGGUAAGCAGUGUUGAGAAGAUGCCUUGCCCGUUCCUCAGUAACUUCAAUGCCAACUUCUUGCGCAACAAUGCCUCACUUUUGCUCAAGACCUACGGACAUGCUUGUCCCGUAAUUGCCAACACUCUUCAGGUGGAAAUUGCUCCACAGUUGGCUGUGGCCAAGCGUGGCUUCAGCUUUCUCUCCAAGAAUCCCCAGAAUGAACAAUCUGAAGGAUCUGGGAAAAAAUGUCCUUUCCUCUCUACUGCAACCACUUCGAAAUUGGUGAAAGAAGUGAGGGAAGACAUCCAAGACAUUCCAGCUACGCGACCAUUCCACUAUGAGGAAUUCUUCGCUGAGCAGAUCAUGCGGAAGAAACGCGAUCAUUCGUAUCGAGUGUUCAAGAAGGUCAAUCGCCUGGCAGAGCAGGGAAAAUUUCCGCGAGCCAUGGAGUAUUCCUGGGGCGAACGUCCAAUCACCGUUUGGUGUUCCAAUGAUUACUUGGGCAUGUCAUGUCAUCCGGAAGUGAAGGCGGCUGUCCGGCGUGCUUUGGAGGAGCAUGGGGCUGGUGCUGGUGGUACGAGGAAUAUUUCCGGUAAUUCGCUCUACCAUGAGCGUUUGGAGAAGCGUCUGGCUCAGUUGCACAACAAGGAAUCAGCUUUGCUGUUCUCCUCGUGCUUCGUGGCCAAUGAUUCGACACUGUUUACGCUGACACGACUUUUACCGGGCUGUCAUAUCUUCUCGGAUGCUGGGAAUCAUGCAUCGAUGAUACAGGGUAUUCGGAAUAGUCAAGUUCCCAAGCAUAUCUUCCGUCACAAUGAUCCCAAUCAUUUGAGGGAAUUGCUGAUGAAGGUGGACAAGGGAGUGCCAAAGGUGGUGGCUUUUGAGACGGUGCACUCGAUGACGGGAGCAGUGUGUCCGUUAGAGGAACUCUGUGACACAGCUCAUGAAUUUGGAGCGUAUACGUUUAUCGAUGAAGUCCAUGCUGUGGGAUUGUAUGGGCAACAUGGGGCUGGGAUUGGGGAGAGGGAUAAUCAAUUGCACAACAUGGACAUAAUUUCUGGGACCUUGGGAAAGGCUUUUGGGAAUAUUGGAGGCUAUAUUGCUGGAUCGGCUAAUCUCGUGGAUAUGAUUCGUUCGUAUGCGGCUGGAUUCAUCUUCACAACUUCACUCCCACCGACCGUUCUGGCUGGAGCUCUCAAGGCCGUGGAGAUUUUGUCAUCGACCGAGGGAAGGGAACUCCGACGGCGUCAUCAGACCAAUGUGCAGUACCUGAGGACUUUGCUGAAACGAGAGGGUUUCCCAGUGGAGCCGACGCCAAGUCAUAUCAUUGCUAUUCGGAUUGGAGAUCCGCUGAAGUGCAAUCAAGUGUCGGACUUGUUGAUCAAGGAAUUCGGGCAGUAUGUUCAAGCUAUAAAUUAUCCAACUGUUGCGCGUGGACAGGAGAAACUGCGUCUUGCACCGACACCCUAUCACACGCCAGAAAUGAUGGAUACCCUCGUGGCCAAUAUGAAGAUUGUUUGGGAGCAACUGGAGAUGAAUCUGCUCCGGGAGGAGGAGCCAGUGGUUUGUACCACAUGCAACAAAACUUUCUUGCUGGACAAGCUAAAGGUGAAUGCUAUCAAGUGUAACCCUUUGAUGCUGUGUCAGGUGCCUAAUUGCCCACAAAUCGCCCUGGCGGCGGCGUAAUUUGGGAAGGAAAACGGCUCAAAUGACCAGAAUCUGCACCACAAAGACAUCCCAAUACCAGAAUCGUCUUCGUGUUUCUACUUUCUCUCACGGUUUAGGUGAUUUAACAGUUUAACUGUGUUUUAAUUAUGCUACUUUAAUGUUAUUUUAGAUGGGAAUAAAUGUUACAAAUUGCGAAAAA